UUUGGGUUCCAUUUGCUUUCCAACGAAGGCAGAAAGAUCAACGGCAGCUAUCUUAGUGAUCAUAAAAGUGAUUCCCUUUCCACUCAACCCGCCAGCGACUGUUGCCUGCCGUUUUCAGCGAACAACCGCGACCACCAGCUCCCCGGACACGUCCAGACUCGACCAAGCCAUCGUCUUUGGCACACCGACCCGAGUCCACAAACCACAACAACAUCCCCUCUGUUUACAGUUCCACACAACCAAAUCGUCAAGAUGGGUGAAUCGCGGCAAGAGCUUGUGCAGUGGCUUAACAGCCUCCUGCAGCUCAACAUCACCAAGGUCGAGCAAUGUGGUACUGGCGCCGCCCUCUGCCAGGUCUACGACAGCAUCUUCCAAGAUGUCCCCAUGUCCCGAGUCAAGUUCAAUGCCAACACCGAAUAUGCAUACAUUCAGAAUUUCAAAGUCCUGCAAAACACUUUCACCCGGCAUCACAUCGACCGAUCGAUCCCCGUAGAGUCGCUCGUGAAGUGCAAGAUGCAGGACAAUCUUGAGUUCCUGCAGUGGACCAAAAAGUUCUGGGACCAAUACUAUCCCGGCGGUGACUACGAUGCCGUGGCCAGACGGAAGGGCGCCCCAACCGGACCUGCUGGAGGUGCGGCUCCCCGCGUGACGGCGUCUGCAGCGAGACGUCCGGGUGGGACCACUCCCACCACCGGCCCUCGAGUUGGGGCCAAGGCCGCUGCUCCCAGCGCCGCCUCUCUCGCCCUGCAACAGGAGAACACCACCCUUAAGGAGACCGUCGUCGGCCUUGAGAGGGAGCGUGAUUUCUACUUCAGCAAGCUCCGCGACAUUGAGCUCCUUGUCCAGCAAGCUGUGGAGGAGGACCCCGAGCUCGAGAAGCAAGAGGACGGCCUGGUCAAGCAGAUUCAGACCAUCCUGUACUCGACCGAGGAAGGCUUUGAGAUUCCCGAGACGGAGCAGCUUGACGACCAAGAGACAUUUUAAGGCAUGGAAUGCCACAGUAUUCUGAUUUGAUGAAGCUAUGGUUCGGGAAAUCCGACGCCGUUGCAGACGGAUACAAAACAAAUCAGGGGGAAGGCGUGGUGGCGGACAAAAGCAAAAGGAUUGAUGUUGGUGCGGAGUUGCCUUCUAUACCCCAAAAGCCCCUCAUGGGUGCUGCUUUGCCUACCCUACUUAGUCUUGUUGGCUCUCACCACGACGUACCGGGUGUGGGGGCGAGUUCUGAUAGACAACAAGCAUUUAUGACAUGGAAUUUGUAAUCAGCGAAGCUAAUACUUACUUUCUAUUGCGAGUGAUGGACAUUUGGAAGGAAUUGAAUAUCGAGGCACUGGUGUUGACGCCUGAAUGCGGGACUUGAGUGUGGGGGAGCGGGUAGCAGAAGAUAUGCAGGUCGAAAGAGUCAGAAACCUGAGUUGCGUAACCG